UUUAACUUCAAAAGAACAUCGACCAAUUUUAGAGUUAUCAGAAGUUUGAAUACCCAAAAUUUAGGCCUCCUAAGAGGUGUUAUGCGAGGGAUUGGAACCUAUGUCAAGCCAAAAGCUAGGAUUGUCAGAUUAGACAUCACCACAGCAAUUGGAUGUACAAGAUUCCUCUAUUUGAUAUCGAUGGUUGGAAUGCUGGGUUACUGCUCAUGCAACUUGUAUUAUGUUUAAAAAGUGUCUCCAAAAUAUUGACAUGAUGUAUGAGAAUCCCAAAAUCAAACAGAUGGCAUUUAUGAGACCUGAAUUAGUAAAGCCAGCGAAGCCAGGCCAAAGAGGUUCAUUCCGGAUCCAAUAUAAGAAGGAGCAUUUACGGAAGGUGAAAUCGAUUUAUAAAAUUGUUCCAGAGAAGGGUGUCUCCAAUGAAGAGGUCGAACAGAUCUUUAAUAACUUUAUGAGCAAUCAGGAAUACUACAUUUCUCGUCUCAGAAGAGACAAGUCAUUGUUAACAAUUUUAGCUACUUCUCUAUUUGGAGUGCUUUUUCACAAUAGAGCGGAUAGGACAAUUUCUGGAGAGUUCUGAAUGCAGGCAAACCUCAGAAGCAUGAGACGGUUUGGCUUCCUUAUCAUUUUUACAUUAAUAAUGAUAUUAGUAUCCUUCAGGCCUGGCUCAACUCUGAACGGGAGACUAGAGAUUUGUGACUAUAUUCCUUCAAAAGAAAUGAAUAUGAAUGCUGAAAACCCUGGAUAUAAAUCCUCCUUAGGAGAUGGCAUGAGCGAACUUGAGAGAAGGAUGUACAAAAGAAACGAAGCAGUCAGGCACAAACUCCAUCAAACAGAAGUCAAGAGUGAAAUUAAAGAACAGUAG